UUAUGAUUUAUGUCGUUGAUGGUUCUGAUUUAUCCCAGAAGAGUAUAUAAUAAUUUUUAAGCAAAAUAAAACAUAAAUAUGUGCAAUCGACCCCUUCUUCAUAUUAUAAUUGUUAAUAAUUGCUUUUCUCCAAUAUAUAUCUACUAUAAGAUUUAAAAGUGCCAUAAUUAUAAUAAUAUGCUUUUAAUAUAAUUUUAACGAUAAUGAUGUGAAAUAAUAUUUUUUUUUCACACACAACUACGACAGUGUACCUAUAGUUUGGUUGGUGGACUAUAUUUCUCUCUCACGAAACACACAUAAUUUAUAUUGAGUUAUCAGUGGAGAAAAGAUUUAACUACUUGUUAAAGUUUCUUUUCAUUUUUUAAUAUGCAUUUGGCGCCCUUGAUUCUUAAAACAAAAAAAAGGUACAACUGAAAAAAAGUGCUAAAGUGUAGGAGAUUUGUUGGUUUGCUUUUUUUUUUUGGUUUUGGUGGAGUAGAGCACAGAGCAGAGGAGAAUUAUAAUAGGUACAUACAUACAAAAAAUAUUUCUCUAUAAGCACAUUGUGGAAGACACAAAAAAAAAAAAGAAAAUGUUUUCUGGAAAACUACAAAUAAAAGUUUGCGAAGCUUGUGGGCUUAGACCUACCGAUUUUCAAAAACGACAUAAUUUAACUUUUGGAAAACCUGAGGAACAACUUAUUGAUCCUUACGUCUCAAUAGAUGUUGAUGAGGGUCAUUUUGAUCGAUCAACGACAAGAUCAAAAACAUUUGAUCCUGUUUGGAAUGAACAAUUUACACAUGAUGUGAAGGACGCUAAGAAUAUCAAUUUAACUGUUUUUCAUGAUGCUGCUCUUCCACCGGAUGAUUUCGUUGCUAACUGCAUAAUACCUUUUGAGGAUAUACUUCAUAACGAAUCUAGUGCACCAGAUUUAUGGAUUAAUCUUGAGCCUCAAGGAAAAAUUCAUAUAGUUAUAGAAUUAAAAAAACAUUCUGAUCAAAAUAAAGUUCUUGCCGAUGUUGAACAACUUGUGGUUUCAACAAAAAAUGAAUUCAAGGAGCGAGCCGGAUUUAAUAGGCGAAGAGGAGCGAUGCGAAGGCGUGUCCAUCAGGUUAAUGGUCAUAAGUUUAUGGCCACCUUUUUGAGACAGCCGACAUUUUGCUCUCAUUGUCGUGAAUUUAUUUGGGGUAUUGGUAAACAAGGCUAUCAGUGUCAAGUUUGUACGUGCGUUGUACAUAAAAGAUGUCAUGGCUCAGUUGUAACGAAGUGUCCUGGAAUGCGAGAAGAACAAAGCCAAGCUGAAUCCGUACCAGCUGCUGGCCAAAGAUUUAACGUUAAUGUUCCUCAUCGUUUUGUAGUACAUAGUUACAAAAGAUUCACAUUUUGUGAUCAUUGUGGAUCCUUGUUAUAUGGUUUGAUAAAACAAGGCUUACAGUGUGAAGCUUGUUAUAUGAAUGUUCAUAAGCGCUGCCAAAAAAAUGUUGCUAAUACAUGCGGAGUUAAUACAAAGUAUAUGGCAGAAAUAUUAAAUUCAUUAGGUAUUUCACCGGAUAAACAAUCACAACCUCGUCGCUCAAGGUAUUUGAAUUUACCAGCCGGAGAGGAACAAUAUUCAGGUGAUCGAAAAGAUUUUGUCGAAGGCGAAUCAUCGCUACGUGGCUGUACUCUGCCAAGCCAGCAACAAAAUUCAAAUCAGUAUCAGUAUUCUGAAAAUCGUACUGGAAAAUCAACACUUCAGGAUUUUAAUUUCAUCAAGGUGUUAGGAAAAGGUUCUUUUGGUAAAGUUAUGCUGGCUGAAAAGAAAGGAACAGAGGAAAUAUACGCUAUCAAGGUGCUUAAAAAAGAUGCUAUUAUACAAGAUGACGAUGUCGAUUGCACAAUGACCGAGAAGCGUAUAUUGGCGUUGGCCGCAAAACAUCCAUUUUUGACAGCGUUGCACUCGUGUUUUCAAACUCCGGAACGGUUAUUUUUUGUAAUGGAAUAUGUGAACGGUGGAGAUUUGAUGUUUCAAAUCCAGAAAGCACGCCGUUUUGAGGCUGCUCGUGCAGCAUUCUAUGCUGCUGAGGUUACAUUAGCCUUACAAUUCCUUCACUCCCACGGAGUGAUCUACCGUGACCUCAAAUUGGAUAAUAUUUUGCUAGAUCAAGAGGGUCACUGCAAACUUGCAGAUUUUGGAAUGUGCAAAGAAGGAAUAUUGAAUGGAGUACUAACUUCAACCUUUUGUGGCACUCCUGAUUAUAUUGCUCCUGAAAUUUUAAAAGAACAAGAAUAUGGCGCAUCAGUUGAUUGGUGGGCACUUGGUGUUCUUAUGUAUGAAAUGAUGGCUGGACAACCACCAUUUGAAGCAGAUAACGAGGAUGAGCUUUUUGAUUCUAUACUUCAUGAUGAUGUCUUAUAUCCGGUUUGGUUGUCGCGUGAAGCAGUUUCUAUAUUAAAAGGUUUUCUAACAAAGAACCCAACCCAACGCCUGGGAUGUACUGGGGAUGAGAACGAAAUUCUUAAGCACCCCUUCUUUGGAAAGUUGGAAUGGAAUGAACUAGGAAAUCGCAAUAUUAAACCACCUUUCAGACCAAAAAUGAAAAAUCCACGUGAUGCCAAUAAUUUUGAUACGGAAUUCACUAAAGAAGACCCUGUGCUUACACAUGUAAACAAAGAUGUCGUACGGUGCAUAAAUCAAGAAGAAUUUGCUGGCUUCUCAUUCGUCAAUCCUGAUUUUGGGCCAGAGCGGAAAGUCUUUUAAGUAUUUUUUUUUUAAGAUAAUGCUUUGUGCGGCUAAAGUGUUUGAGAGUAUUUUAAUAGAUGUAUUAACAUAUGAUUAAAACGCACAAUAAAUAAACCUUGAAUUUGUUUCGAGGAAAAUCUUUCACCUGUUCA